AUGGAAGCGCUCAACCAGCGACAUGAAGCUGAGAGAGCAGCACGAAAAGCGAAAGAAAGAGCACAACGAGAAAAGCAAAAGACGCAAAGAAAGCAGAACAUUACUGAUGUCUCUUGCUGCAUUAUUGUUCUCAUUGCGGCCGGAGUUGGUGCUUUCUUUGCUCUCAACAAGGAUACAACAACUAUCACGCAGAUAUUUAUAACUCAAUUGUACGAUCCACCCAGUGAAGCUGAGUGUCGCGCCAUCACCAGGAACGAAAUCAUAGCUGGACAAGUAGACUUGGACAAUACGGUUCUUGACAUGAGCUUUGAUAUCACCAUAAGUUCGGGUUGCGAAAUUACAACUCCACAAGUGUAA